AUGUCGUAUGAUUUGGCAGUAGCAGAAAGUCCGGCUUAUUCACCCUUUUUUGGAUAUAUGGGAGCUGCAUCAGCGCAGAUAUUCACCGUACUUGGCGCAGCCUAUGGGACGGCUAAGUCAGCUGUGGGUAUCUCCAGUAUGGGUGUAAUGCGUCCGGAACUAAUCAUGAAAUCCGUGAUUCCAGUUAUUAUGGCUGGCAUUAUUGGUAUCUACGGUCUAGUUGUGGCAAUGGUACUAAAAGGCAAAGUGACGAAAGCUUCAGAUGGUUAUACUUUAGAUAAAGGAUUCGCUCAUUUAGCUGCUGGUCUUACAUGUGGUCUAUGUGGCCUUGGUGCUGGUUAUGCUAUAGGUAUUGUGGGUGAUGCAGGAGUUAGAGGAACUGCUCAACAACCACGACUUUUCGUUGGCAUGAUCCUCAUUCUGAUCUUCUCCGAGGUUCUGGGCUUAUAUGGCAUGAUUGUGGCUCUAAUGUUGGGAGCAUCGUAA